AUUAGGAGUAGAAUCUAUAAUAGGUAUUUUUGUAUAAAUAAAUGGUGCUAUUUAAUGCCACCUCAUUAUUCCUUAGUAUUUAUUAAUUAUUAUAAUAUAUAUUAUAUAUGUUUGCUAAUCCCAAGUUCAGUAGAAGAAGUAGUAAGCAUAUUUCCCUUUUGACUCUCUCUCCUCUCUCUCUCUCUCUCUCUUUCUCUCUCUAAAAUGUAGUGUUCUUCAACCCAUAAUCAUCUCUAACAGAAAAUGGGCAAAGCUUGCAAAUGGAUCAGAGCUCUGUUGGGGGGCAAAAACCCCGACCCGAACCCUAGUCCGGGUCCGAGACCGCCGGGCAGUAAGAGAUGGAGCUUCGUCAUGUGCCGGAAGGAAAGGGAUCGCCGCCGGAGAUCCCAACACGGCGGUGGUGGUGGCUACGACGGCAACGACGCUAGCAGGCAAGCCAUCGCCGUCGCGGCUGCCACCGCCGCCGCCGCGGAGGCUGCCGUAAAGGCGGCCCAGGCGGCCGCGGCGGUGGUUCAGCUGACGAGCUGCAGGUUGGGGAGUAGCAGCACUUCCGCGGCGGGAAACGGUGGCGGUUCCGUCGACUCCUACUCCUCCGCCGGCGGUCGAAAUGGGCCGGGUUACGGCUGGAGCCGGGAGGAGCGGGCAGCCGUUGCGAUUCAAUCUCAUUUCCGUGCUUAUCUUGCAAGAAGAGCUUUACGGGCGCUGAAAGCGUUGGUGAAAAUACAAGCAAUGGUGAGAGGUCACAUUUCGAGGAAGAAAGCUGCAGAUGAUCUACGACGGAUGCAUGCUAUUGUGCGGGUCCAAGCAAGGGCUCGGGCCGGCCGAGUUCCGAUUAAUGAAGCCCGACAUUCGACCGCCAAUUCAUCUCACUUCAGCCAUUCAGCACUGUCGAGUUGGGAGAAAUUCGAGCAGAGAAUACGGGCAGGUAUCACAAAGCACGAACAACCGAUGAUGCUCAAGAAAAAUGGCUCGAGAUCAUGCGAAAGAUCAGAAAGAUCAUGGGACGAAGACGAAAGAAGCGACAAGAUUCUCGAAGUAGACAGCAGUUUCAAACCAAACCCCACACCCAAAAUCAAGAACAGCAGGAUCUCCCACUCUCGCCACCCGAAAUUACCAAUCAGCCCCUCGUCGUCCAACGAGGUCCGAUCAUUAAGCCGCCUGAAAUUCGAACAAGACGACGCAGCAGAUGACAUCAGCAGCAGCAGCCAUGCCCUAACUUCCGAUAACUGCCCGUUUGUUUACUCCGCCUCGCCCAGCUCCAAAACAGCUCUUUUCACACCUACCAAGAGUGAAGGCUCGGUCAGCUGUCUUAGCGGUUACUCUGAAAACCCUAAUUAUAUGGCUUAUACGGAAUCUUCGAAAGCCAAGGCCCGGUCUACGAGCGCUCCUAAACAAAGGCCCGAUCAGCAGUACGAGAGAUCGAGCUCCACGAGUAGAUAUUCUGUCCACGUGUCUGGCGACUAUGGCGGUGGCGGUGGCGGCGAGAAGAGAGCUAACAAAGCUUAUCCGGGCUCGGGCCAUUUGGACAAGCACGGAAUGCCCGUUACUAGAGAUGUUUCGAGUUUCAGUGGUGGUCUUUGGGUGAGAUAUUAGUGUAACUUAAUUUAAUUUAAUUUUUUUUUUAAUGAUUAUAUGAUGUAGAUCAAAGUUGGUCUAAUCAUAUAAACUUCCUGGAUUAGAUGCUAAUUCAGACGGGCGUAAUAAAAAAUCGAAGCCCGCAAUUAAAUGCUGCUAUUCAAGAAAAUUAACAAUGGCUCUUCUUAUACGGUACGUUUGUAUAAGUGGCGAUUCAAAAGAAAAUUACACACCUUGUCAUAAAAAAAGAAUUCUCUAUAUAUAUGUUCAAUACAAAGAAAAUCGACAGAACUUAUCGAUGUCAAUUACUAUGCAUGUACACAAUGAAGCAUAUAUACUACAAUAAAUUUUGUACCUCGAAAAAAAUAUAUGAACUGUUGAUAUUCGACGGUGCGAGAGA